AGUCAUCUCGUAUCGAUUACAGGGAAAUUGACAGAGAAAAGGUAUUCAACGGCAAUAGCGAUGCAACAACUGUAGUCAAGCACAAAUUGAAGAAUCCGUUCAUUGCGAGGAAGGUGCGUUUUCGACCAAUUGGUUGGAGAUUUGUUGUAUAUCUGUUUAAAAGGUCGUGUAUGCGAGUGGAGAUAUACGGAUGUAGCCUUCCUACUGAUUGUGUAAUGAUUGGUUCACGUGUCCUUGGAAAGUGGGGCAGUACCUACCAUGGUGGUGAUGUUUACUACAAAUCAUAUGUAAAAACCAUCGAUGACAGAUACGAUGAGGUUGACUUAGAAAUAGAAGAUGAUGGCCAUAACAACGAUAGAUUUAAAACAUUGUCAAAGACACACGUUGUACUAGACGUCCCUAAUAAACACUUGAACUUACCACCUGGCACAAAAGUAUUGGCACCGUCCAACAAGAAGUACUACACUGGGACUCUGAAAAGGAAGAGUGGGUCUUAUUAUCGAGUAAUCUUUGAUGAUAAGUCAAAAGCUUGGAUUCUUAAGAAAGAUAUACGGGUACUUAAACCUACACAGUUUUGUGAGGGAUAAUUUUGAAGUACAAUACGUAUAUAAAUAGAGCAAUAGAUACUAUACUGGGACCAUUGAAAAAAAGAGAGAAUUUAUUGUUUAGUCUUUGGUUUCGAGAAAGCAAAAUACGGAUACUUACACCUGCACAAUUUUGUAAGGGAUAAUUUUUUAGCUUAUUUAAAGGUACAUGGUCCACUAGCAUGCAAUGCGGUCGUGUUUUAGAUUUUUCAUAUAUGUAAAAUGAGGUUUAACGGUCGAAUCUUUCUAUUUUCAAACAUAAACAAAAGCUCGAAAGGGAUGCUGGUGGACCAUGUCCCUUUAAGUCACAAUAUAGUUAUGGAUUAUGCCAAAAAAUAUCGAAAUAAGUAAUUGUCCAAACGUGUUUGGUUUCGAUAAGGUUACGGCUACUCAGUUUUGCUAGGGAUAAUUUUGAUAUUUUAUCCAGACAAAACAAUAAUAAAAGGUUAAAAUCAUCAGCGUUCAUAGACAAAUAAAAAUAAGAAUGCACCAGGUCA